AUGCAAGAUAGAUCAAGUAUUAUCGAGAUGAAACAAAUGCUUAAAUUACUCUAACAAAUCAAUUCAUUAUAAAUAUAGAAUGAUGAACCAGAUAAAUUAAAUAUAAGAGAUUCAAAUGAUGAUGAAAUAAUAAAUGACAUAGAAAUUAUAUUAAAUCUUGAUGAAGAUUAAGUUGAAUAAACAGAAAAGGAUGAUAAACUUUCAGAAAAUGAAACUAUUUCUAAUGAACAUUAAUAAUAAACAUCAAAAUAAAACAUAAUAGAAUAAAGAAAGGCAGUUUGUAGAGUUGUAUUCAAUCCAAAAAAUAAUUCCUAUAGAUGUUCAAUUUGUUAAACUACCUACAAAGUAUUGAAAAAUCUACUUAAUCAUUAAUAUAGAUUUCAUAAUAAACCAAAAAAAGGAAAGCAUCGUAAUUAAAAACUUAAUUCCUGA